UUCCCUCCCCCUCCCCACCCACGCCCUCCCCGCCAGAGAGAGCCACGGGACAUUGUAUGUUUGUUUUUCUGCUCGGGGGGCGUGUGGCUUUUUUCCUUUCUCGCCCGCAGAAAGCGAGCGAGCGUUUCCGAGUGCGAGCGGCGCCACUUGCCCCAGUUUUCAUGCGAGGUUUUGGGUCAUGAUCACAUCGCCCUCGCUUUCUGCUAUAAGAAGUAGUAAGCGCAGCAGCAGCCUCAGCGAGCCCGGAGGCAGCCCCCGCCGCAGCCGCAGCGCCGCCGACCUCGCCGGGCCGAACGGGCACGCUGGGAAUAACGGCAGCAGCGCCGCCGCCAAGCCCUGCUUCCACGCCGUCCCCCCCUCGGACCCGCUACGCCAAGCCAACCGCCUUCCCAUCAAAGUCUUGAAAAUGCUCACGGCGCGGACUGGACACAUUUUACACCCUGAAUACCUGCAGCCUUUACCCUCCACGCCCGUCAGCCCCAUCGAGCUGGAUGCAAAGAAGAGCCCCCUGGCCCUUUUGGCACAAACUUGCUCGCAGAUAGGGAAGCCGGACCCAUCCCCUUCCUCCAAACUCUCCUCGGUCACCUCCAAUGGCUCCGGAGGCGACAAGGACUCCAAGUCGGGCCCCUUGAAGCUCAGCGACAUCGGCGUGGAGGACAAAUCGAGCUUCAAGCCGUACUCCAAGCCAGGCGCGGAGAAGAAGGAGCCGGGGGCGGCGGGCUGCGCGGGCGCCCCCGCCGCGGGGGUCGCGGCCGGGGAGAAGUCGGGAUUCCGGGUGCCGAGCGCCACCUGCCAGCCGUUCACCCCAAGGACAGGCAGCCCCAACUCCAGCGCCUCCGCCUGCUCGCCCGGGCUGCUGCCGGCCGAGGGCAAAGGCGGGGAGGACAAGAAGGACUCGGAGGGCUGCGGAAAGAGCGGCAGCUCCGGCUCGGAGGGAGGCCCGGGCACCACCAGCAUCAGCCACAGCCGGAUUAGCGUGAGCUGUGCCGGGAUUAACGUGGAGGUCAACCAGCACCAGGAGAGCACGCCGGGCUCCAAGCCCAUCGCAUCGGACUCCGCCUCCUCCUGCAGCAGCACCACCGCCACCUCCUCCACCUCCGUUCUGGGCUCCGGCCUCGUGGCCCCCGUCUCCCCUUACAAGCCGGGCCAGACCGUUUUCCCCUUGCCCCCGGCGGGCAUGAGCUACCCGGGGACGCUGGCUGGAGCCUACGCCGGCUACCCGCCACAGUUCCUGCCGCACGGAGUGGCUCUGGACCCCACCAAAUCCUCCAGCCUGGUGGGGGCCCAGCUGGCUGCCGCCAGCAGCCUGGGCUGCAGCAAGCCGGCGGGGUCGAGCCCGCUGGCGGGCGCGUCGCCGCCGUCGGUGAUGACGGCGAGCCUGUGCCGAGACCCGUACUGCCUGAGCUACCACUGCGCCAGCCACCUGGCAGGCGCCGCCGGAGCCUCCUGCGCCCACGACCAAGCCCUCAAGUCCGGAUACCCCCUCGUCUACCCCACCCACCCUUUGCACAGCGUCCACUCCUCGCUGACCGGCGCCACGCCGCCUUCGCUAGCCGGCCACCCUUUGUACCCCUACGGCUUCAUGCUCCCCAACGACCCCCAGCCACACAUCUGCAACUGGGUGUCGGCCAACGGACCCUGCGACAAGCGCUUCGCCACCUCGGAGGAGCUGCUUAGCCACUUGCGGACCCAUACUGCCUUCCCGGGCACCGAUAAACUCCUCUCCAGCUACCCCAGCUCCUCGUCGCUGGCCAGCGCGGCGGCCGCGGCCAUGGCGUGCCACAUGCACAUCCCCACGACGGGCGCCCCGGGCAGCCCGGGCACGCUGGCCUUGCGCAGCCCGCACCACGCGCUGGGACUCGGCAGCCGCUACCACCCGUACUCCAAGAGCCCCCUGCCCACCCCCGGGGCCCCCGUGCCCGUGCCCGCUGCCACCGGACCCUACUACUCCCCUUACGCACUCUAUGGGCAGAGACUCACCACAGCCUCGGCCCUGGGGUACCAGUGAGUGCAGGCAGCGGGGCUCUGACACACAACACAAAGUCUAGCGGUAAGGGAAGGAAGCCCUGCGAAACUUUAUAAAAGUUGGAAAGAAAAAAAAAACCCUGACUUUUUAUAAAAUAGUGUUCAUUUGAGGACUGGAUCCAUGAGCACUGUAUUUAUUUAUGUUAGCUUCAAGCGGGACAACGAAUCAUAAAGUGCAUUACUAAACUGAGCUCAAUAGGUAAAAGUGGAACACCCAUUGUAGAAUAUAAAUAAAAAGAUAGAGGUCUUCUCUUUAAUGUUACUUUAAAAUUGCUAUGAUUGUAUUGUACGUUCUUAUUUAAUGUCUCAUUGAAACAAAAAAAAUUUACAUGCAUGUUUGUUACUAAAAACAACUCGCAAUUUGUCAGUUAUAAUUUCAAAUUGCAAUUAUUUUUAAGGUGUAUACCCUUGAAAGAGAAUUGGUAUUUUUUUGUAUGUAUUCUGGAAGAAAAAACAAAAACAAUUCUAUUCCAAAAACCUCAUUUGCCUUAUUUUGUUCUUUAAAGGAACACUUAACUAUUUUUAAUUUUUAAGUCCACCCUGUAAAAAGGGUUAAGUAAGGUUUACGUCAUGUACUAAAAUAGACAAUGUAUCGCUUUAAAGAUUAAAAUUCCGUAUAUUUGAUGUAUUAAAAGGUUUUAAUUUUUUUUUUUUAAAUACGCUUUGAUUCUGUUAUAAAACCCGAGUAGGUCUUGGAUGGAGGUGACUGCUAAUUUCUCCUUAAGCGUUUAUUCAAUUUUAAUUAAAA